GCUGCAUGGGCAGCAGAUCGGAGCGCACCAGAGCGUGGGUCGACUCUCCCAGAAGUUAGAUUCCCUCUGGAUAAGGUCAGUGUAUUCUAACUUUUAUGGUCGUGAUAAACGCAACAGACGUCUGGAAACAAGUGGAAAAGUGGACUUUUACCUUACACCCUGUGGAGUGCACGAGCUCAAGCCAACAUGGAGUCAAAUGGCGCAGUGGGGAAACACGGUUUGGAGGGAGAUGAAGAUCUACACUUCCUGCUGGCCGGUGGGGAGCUGAUCAAGGUCCGAUCCAGCAACUGGAAAAAGAUUCGCUACUACAAACUGCAGGAUGACUGCAAGACUCUGUGGCACCAGUCGCAUAAAGUCAUAAGAAAAAAGAAAACACUCACCAUCGAUGACAUUGAUUCAGUGCGAAAGGGUCGCCAGUCUGACGGUCUUCGUAAACACACCGAUCCCAGCGAGGAGGACCGCUGUUUCUCCAUCAUCUUGAAGGGUCACAAGAAAACGCUUGACCUGAUGGCUCACACCAAAGAAGACGCCAGCCAGUGGGUCAGGUGCCUGGAGAAGGUCAUGAACAACAUGCACAAGCUGAGUCGGCAGCAGAAAAGCGAGCAUUGGAUCAUCAACUGCAUGAGAAAAGCGGACAAGAACGAAGACAACAAGAUGAGUCUGAAGGAGGUGAAGCGCUUCCUGCGACACAUCAACGUAGAAGUUGACGACAACUAUGCAGAAGAGAUUUUCAGGCGAUGUGACAAGUCAAACUCAGGGACACUGGAGGACUCAGAGAUCAAGCACUUCUACGACCUGCUGACCUCCAGGGAAGAGAUCGAUGUCAUCUACAGUAACUACGCCCAGACUGACGGUCAGAUGAGCACCAGAGACCUGCUGACCUUCCUGCUGAAAGAGCAGCGAGAGAAUGCGACUGCGGCGGACGCUCUCGCUUUGAUUGAAAAGUAUGAGCCCGACACAGCAGCUAAAGAGAAGAGGCACUUGACCAAAGACGGGUUCCUGAUGUACCUCCACAACGAAGAGGGCUCAAUCCUCAAUCCGGGGCACAAGAACGUGUACCAGGACAUGACGCAUCCACUCAACCAUUACUUCAUUUCCUCCUCACACAACACCUAUCUGAUGGAGGACCAGCUCAAAGGGCCCAGCAGCACCGAGGCCUACAUCAAAGCUCUGAUGAAAAGUUGCCGCUGUGUUGAACUGGAUUGCUGGGAUGGUGCCAACGGAGAGCCGAUCAUUUACCACGGAUACACUCUGACCUCCAAGAUACUGUUCAGAGACACCAUUAAGGCUAUUAAAGACUUUGCGUUCAAAACAUCCGACUACCCAGUGAUCCUGUCCCUGGAAAACCACUGCAGCUUGGAGCAGCAGAAGCUCAUGGCUCAUCACAUGAUCUCCAUCCUGGGUGACGCUCUCCUCACAAAGCCACUCGGGGAAACAAUGCCGACAACCUUCCCCUCUCCAGAGGAGCUGAGAGGAAAAUUCCUCAUCAAGGGCAAACGCUUGAACAAACUGGAGGCAUUUUUCAACAACAACAACACCAUAGAGGACGACUCCGUGUCGGAGGAGGACGAGGCUGCAGAGCAGGAGAACGGGCAGAAAGCUAAAUCAAAGAAAUCAAAGAUCAAGCUUUCCAAAGAGCUGUCCAAUAUCGUCAUCUACUGCAAGAGUGUGCACUUCCACGGUUUCGAACAUGCGAGAGAAUCUCUGUCCUUCUACGAGAUGUCGUCCUUCAAAGAGAGUAAAGCCUUCAACCUGGCAAACUCCUCAGGCACCGCUUUCAUCCAUCACAACAUGGACAAGCUCAGCAGAAUCUACCCAGCUGGGUCCAGAACAGACUCGUCCAACUACAACCCAGUGCCCAUGUGGAACACUGGCUGCCAGAUCGUGGCGCUUAACUUCCAGACUCCUUCCAAGGAAAUGCACAUCAACCAGGGUCGAUUUUUGCCGAACGGAAUGUGCGGAUACAUCUUGAAACCGGAGUUCCAGAGAAAACCGUCCUCACAGUUUGAUCCAAACACACUGACUAAAGGCCCCUGGCUGCAGAAGAAGUUGUUUCAUGUCAUGGUGAUCUCAGCUCAACAGUUGCCAAAGAUCAACAAGGACAAAAGCAAAUCCAUCGUGGACCCACUGGUGAGGGUCGAGAUCCACGGUGUGCAAGCAGACUGUGCGAGCCAGGAGACACACUUCAUCGAAAACAACGGGUUUAACCCCAUGUGGAACGAGAACUUCACCUUCAAGAUCCAAGUCCCGGAGCUGGCCGUGGUGCGAUUCGUGGUGGAGGACUAUGACUCGACAUCUCAGAAUGAUCUGGUGGCACAGUACUGUCUCCCUGUCACCAGUGUGCAGAACGGAUAUCGCCAUGUUCCUCUGCUGACCAAGCGAGGUGAUGUCAUCGCCUCUGCCGGACUGUUUGUGCAUCUCAUGCUGCUGGACGAUAAGUAGUGGUGUCAACAGAAGACUUCGAGGUGCAACAUUGACGGACAGAGAUCAUUUUAUCGAAGAGAUAUUUAAUCUACAAGUUAUAAACAGAUGGAAACCCUCUAACGUGGUGUUUCGUGACUAAAAGACACACUUGUUCUAACCAUUCUAAAAGCUGAGGGGAUGCCAGUUCAGUACUGAGAGAGAAGUAAUUGCACUAAAAGAAAAAAUAAUAUGUCAUUGUGUAUUGUGCAUUGUUUUUUGUUUUUUUCCCCUACAUCAAAUGUAAUAGAAAAACUCACUAACUCACCCCAUUUUAGGGGAAACGAAAAGGUUUUUUGCUUUAAUUUUUUAAGAAUUGGUUUUAUUAUCUUCUCCAAAAAGUGCUAAUCUUGUUUUAGAAAAAAUGUAAAAAUGUAAUUGUCUAUUUACAGUGCAAGAGUGUCAGCCUCUGUCCUCGCAACUACAGCUGCCUUAUCACAACACCACCAUAAAACAAGCAGAAAUAUAAUUCAAUAAGCACCUUUUGUUCUGUACUACUGACAUUGUUUACGUCAUUUAUGAGCACUUUUUCUAAGUUUGAAGAAGUUAAAAGAAAACUGCUAGGUGCGAACUAUGACUGACCAACAGUACAUCCAGAACUAUGGGUUUUGGGGGGGUCAGAUCUGAGCUAAGGAACCAAACAUGCCUAUUAAAACAACUUUGUGGAAACUAAACUUUUAACAUCUUCAUCAUGUAUAUGUCCUUUAAUGGAUUUUGUAGAUCAGUGGCUUAUCAUGUCUGCUGUCUGUCAACAAUAAAACAAUCACACGACUCAGUCCGGUCUGAACUGUUGUUGCAAUCU